AUAUAUAUUUAGUUUUAUAUAAAACGAGACAUGUCAGUUUUACUACAUGAAUAAAGUCAGAAAUGUUAUAACUAUUAAUACGUAUUUAUACGCUGUUAUGUUGGUCAUUAUGUCUGUCAAAGUGUGUUUAUGUGUUUGCUAUAAACCAUCGUGAAACCCUACCCUAUCAAAUGUACUUAUAAAUUUAUUUGAUUGAUCAAUAAUAUCAAACUAUCUGAGUUAGUUUGCGAAUUAGCUAUGAUUUCUGGUUUGUGAGAAUGUGAGGUGUUGAUGUGUGUCAAUUGAAAACUUUAUAUUGGUUAUGUUCGUGUAUUUGUGAAAAAUGGAUUGUCACAUAAGUUUUACAUUCUCAUAAAUAAUCUUGUCAAGUUAGAUUAUGAUUGUAAGAUGGCUGUAAGAGUGGAGGAAGAUGAAGAUUAUUGGCAUGAAAGUGAAACAAAAGCUUUUAACUUUGAAGAAGACGAGUUCGGCAGCCAGCUGUGUGGAGUAUCGAGGAGCGGGGCAGCGCGACUGUCGCAGCAAGUGAGGGCCGGGAUAGGAAGUGUAGCCACUCCUCUGAGCACAGACUCGCUCGCAGGUACAUUCUCCAAGGCCACUGUAUUGGAUGAUCCUGAAGUUGUAAAACGACCUCUUCACUCUCUAAUAUCCGAAGAAGCUUUGCAAUGCAUUCUGGAUUUUGCUGCUCACCGCCAGAGACCGCUGGUCGCCAGAGGUGCUGGUGUGGAGGAGCAGUUGAGGAUGCUGCGACGUCAAGUGGAGGGCCGCUGGACUCCGCCGCCCGUCGACGUGACGAUAAAGAAGCUCCUUCUGGGACAGCCGUAUUCUCUGGAGCUGUACCGCUCCAAGGCCAGCAAGACCGACUUGCUGGACGCUGCGGUGAAGCUGGGAGACGGGAAUGCAAUCCUGGCAAUUGUUUUGUUCCUGGUGAAGACCCUGAAGAAAUCACUGGUGUACCAGUUGCUGAGGACGCGUCCCACAGCAGUGGCUCAGUACGCCAACUACUUGGCAACCAGGCUGCAAGUGCACGAACUUGCUGACCUCCUGCAGAUGGUGGGACAGACCAAAGAAGCCGCAAUGAAGCAGUUCCAGCUGGCUGUGAAAGCUACGCAGAACCCUCAGUUGCGAUUGCGGAAAUUAAGAGCUUGCCUGAACAAUCAUUUCAACGACCCAGACCUCAAGGAUCGCAUUUUUAUUGACAACUACAUCAAGUUGAUAGAGUGGCAGCUGGCGGAGGCGGGCACGGACGGAGAGCUGUGCCGGAGCCUGGUGGGCCAGCCGGUGCUGGGCUCGCUGGCCCACUGCUGCCGGCAGCACUGGGGCGAGCCGCGCGGCUCCCCCGGCUCCCCCCUCACCCUGGCCCAGCAGCACGGCGUGUGCGACCGCCAGUUCCAGUGGACCGCGCUCAAUGUCCGGGCGGCCGCGCAGGCCUGGGAGGACGUUCGCGGCCUCUUCAUCACCAAGAGCUGGCUCGGCAGCAGGAAGUUGAAGUCGGCGAUCCCGGCGGAGAAGGUUGUGGAGUGCCUGCAUUCGUACAACGCCCCGGACGAUGUGCUCAUGACGUAUUUGGAGAUGAUCGACAGUCUGGAGAAGAGGAUGAUGGUGGCUCGCAAGAUCAAGUGCCACAAAGCUGUCAUUGACGCGUUCGUGUUACAGCGAGAUCGCCAAGCACUUAUCAGUUACAAAGCCAACUUGAAUCCUCAAUCCGAAGACUACUUCUACGCUGAAAAUGCUCUCAAAGCAUCAACAACAAAAUGGAGAAAUUAGCUGCCUGGCUUUGCAAAUGUUGAGUAAUUUAUAUGUUUCUAAUAAAGUAUUCAAAACUU